AUGGUCUUAGGAAAAGCUGAAUACGGUAAGCGUUUUCUAUCCGUCGAAUGGCCUAUUCGCUAAUAUAAUAAAAUGCUGAUCAUCAAAACAAUUUUUUUGAGUAGAUAGAGCAAUUUCAAAGUAUGCUCAAUUAACUUAAGCUUUGUAAAAGUAUGUUUCCAAACCUCCUGUCCAAACAUAACCGUUUUCGAUUCCACAUUUCCCCCAUAGAGGCACUAAAACAAUGAAUUCUUAAACAUGUUUGAGUUUAUUCAACUUUUUUCAUGCCUAUUCGUGAAGAAGACUCUAUUUUUUUACAUUUCCGGAAUUUACCCAUUAUUUGAGCUGGUUUAUUUACGCUACUGGUAUUUCCGAAGUAAAAUAAAGAAAAUUACGGGGCAAAUUAUUGAGGUUUCAAAGCUGUUGAGUUGGCCUUCCCACGAAAACAAUCAAUGCCGGAUUCCUUGGCAUUUUGUUUUAGAUGGAGGAAUUCCGAAAAAAUAAAAACUUUUCGAUCGCAGACCUGAAAACUCUUCGAAAAGGAGCUCGAAGAGCGUUUGUCUCCCCAUUUUUUACGCUCCAACCUCGAAACCACCGAAUCCCUAGAGAUAAAUCCGUUUUUGUGGUUGACACUUGUCUUUUGCGUGUCGCCCAUGAGUAAACCCCUCUGUUUUUCAUUUGUUGAGAAGGUUUGGUGGCUGAAAAGCCUAUAUCUAUUUUUGGAUUUACCUGUUUUUGAAUGAACGAGAAAAAAUUAGGUACCAGAAGGAACCUUUGGUCAUGUACAAUAUAAUUUUUUGUCUGUUUUUUUGUUAUGCAAAGCGUUGGGAAACUAUAUUGUCAAGAAAUAUGUUAUUAUUUCAGAGACCGACAGCGAGACCUACCCACCAUCGGAUGUGGAACAGUGCGCCGCUGAGGGAACGGAAGAAAUUGCAUCGAUUUUGAGCAAAAUGGAAGCUCUAAAUCGCUUGAAUGAGUCCGAUGAACGCAGUGUGACAUCGAAGAAGUCGCAUGAUUCCUCGACGGGUUCGCAGCACCAGUCCUCACCUGUUCACGAAACGAAAAAACCGGAUGAUGAAGACGAAAACGUGGAUUUGUGGACGGUUUGGGGAAACUUGAUAAAAUCUUGGGAAUAUGAGAUGAAGAAGAGGCCAAAUUGUGUGAAAGUGAGUAUUCUUCUUUUCUUUUAAAGUUUUUAGAUGUCCCAGGUAAAAAUAUGCCGACUUAUUUUGCCAAAAGAGACAUGGGAUAUAUUGAAAUAUCAAAAAGAAACAUGUUUUAGGAGCUGGUUCGUCGAGGGGUUCCCCAACACUUCCGCACGAUAGCAUGGCAGCUUCUGGCUGGGGCGACAGUCAACAAAAUACACGAUCAAUACACGGAGUACUUGAGGCAGAGCUCACCGUACGAAAAAGUAAGCCUUUUCUUUUCUUUGUUUCUGACUUUUAGGUUCAACGAUAAAAUUGGAUUGUUUUUCAGAUAAUAAUGCGUGACAUCCCUCGAACAUAUCCGGAGCUCGAUUUCUUCAAAGACGAGGGCAAGGGCCAACAGCACCUCUUCAAUGUUAUCAAAGCCUAUAGUGUUCACGACAAAGAAGUUGGAUACUGUCAAGGAUCCGCCUUUAUUGUCGGUCAACUUCUCCUUCAAAUGCCGGAAGAAGAGGCAUUUGCAGUUUUUGUGAAGCUGAUGGAGAAUUAUCGCCUCAGAGAGCUGUAUAAACCAACAAUGACCGAAUUGGGACUUUGCAUGUUCCAAUUGGAAUGCCUGGUUCAAGAGCAGAUGCCCGACAUGUACAUGCACUUUAACAAUAUGGGUUUUGACACGAGUAUGUACGCGAGCUCUUGGUUUUUGACCUUGUUCACAACUACACUGCCGUUGGAUUUGACAAAUCGGAUAAUGGAUUGGUUUUUGGUGGACGUAAGUUGAUUUCUAAUUGAAUAUCAAAAUCUUCAUUGGUCGCCUUUUUUGCAUCAACUAUGAGUCUAUUCGCGAUGAAUUUAUUACUGCAGUUUUUUACUCCGGAUUUACGAAAAUUAAUCUCAAAAACAUUACUUACCCAGUACAGUAUAAUUUGACGGAAAAUAGAAGUCAUCUUUGAUGAACUGUAUUGACUGCUUCGUUACAGGGAAUGGAUGCGAUUUUUCGAAUUGCUCUCGCCAUCCUCCAACAAGCCCGAAUCGAACUCCUACGUCUGGACAUGGAAGGAAUGCUCAAGGUGGGAGGACCUGAUUUGAAUUUUAUUGCCUCUUUUCCAUUUAGUUCUUCCAACGCGAAAUCCGAGAACGUUAUGAGAACGACCACGAGCUGCUAUUCGCCGUCGCAUCGCAUGUUGUUCUGAACGCCAAGAAAAUGAAGAGGUAUUAUAUUCAGCAUUUUGAUAUUACUUUCGGUGUUCAUUUGAAUCUUGUAAUCCAAUUUGAUUAUAGGCUCGAAAAGGAUUACAUGGCCAAAAGGAGCAAAGAGCAGGAAGAAGCUAUUGAACUUAGGGUAAGUUUUUUGAAACUGGAGAUUCGGGGUUUGAUUCAAAAAUUUAAGAUGAUAAGAAAAUGAGUAAUCGAGUAGAUAGAAGACGACUCAUUGAGUUUAAACCUGUUUUUUUCCAAAUUGAGCGGGGAAAUGGGAGUGAAUCAUUUUAUAAACAUUAAGAUUGAUAUGAAAAUGCUCCAAGUUGGCCGACAAUUUUUAUUUAUUUAUUCCAUGUUGAGCCACGAAUUUCUUAUGCCCUUUUGGAGCGUUGUUUUCGUCGAGUUUGGCCAGCUCGACCGGCUAUAAUCGGACCUCUUGUUUUAUCCCACUUUGCAUUGUUGUGUCGCACUUGAUGGUUGGUCGUUGUUGCGUGACCGUUUCUGAUCUGAGUUGAAUUUUCCCACCACUCGCAGCUUCCUCUCUUGAUUUGUCGGGCGCCGGAAGUGCGAGAGAAUGUCGUAUUUUUGAUUAAACGCGCGUUUUCGCCUUUUUUUCCUCCGGGCUUUUCGCAUGAAGGUGACGAAAUGAACGCGUUCUAAGGGUUUGCGACAUCUGACCUCACAUUCUUGCGUUUUUAUUGUAAAAAACGUUGACUUUUCAUCCUUGUUCGGGAAUCUUUCCGCAUUUUUUAAUCGGGGUUCUUUUUGAUCGUCUGACCUCAUUGUCUUCCGUCGAUGGUUCCCAAAAUCGUAUAUUGUUUUAAGCCCCCUUAAAGGUUCCAUCCUGCAUUUCGGACUACUGACCGCCGGAAACACCCCACUUUUAUAAAUGUUUGCGUCGAUCUUUCCGAUAGUUGUAGUUGGUAUCCGAAUCCUUUGCCCGCUUAAAAAAAGUACGUUAUAAUAAGUAUAAGGGACUUGUUUGCUCAUGCAUUUCCAGCCCCUCGGGGCAAUCUCGAUUUCAUCUUUCGUCACUCUUAAUACGCUGGGGUUUGCAAGUGUGGAGGGUUUGAACGGGAAAGGUUUUACUAGACUGGAUAAGUAUGAGAUUUCCAUACGUUUUGACGAGGUCUUAUACAAGAUUUUCUGAGUUGGAAGGUUUCGUUCAAAGAAAUGCUGAGCAAGUGAAACGAGAUCUCUUAGGGCCCUUUGUUUUUUACAUCCUUCGGUUUAUGAUGUUCUAAGGACAUAAAUUCGUCGUGAGUUUGAUUGCCCGGUUCUCACCUUGAGGCUCUUUACUCCAAUUUUAUCCCGCAAAUCCUUCAUUCUGUCCGGCCAGUAAGAAGGGAAGUUUAAAAAUAAAAAAAUUUGUCGGGCAGUGAAUUUUGGAAAAUUCGGAAAAAAGAAGGUAAUGACUGAGGCGAAACGAGAGCGAUCAGCUCUUUUCGUUCGGGCGGAUUUGUCCGAAAUCCCGAUUACUUCAAUCCACACAUGUUUUUUUUGGGAGAAUGGAUAGGAAUUAGUAGUCGGAGUCGCUCUUUAAAUAAGGUCGGUUAUUUACAGAAAUUUCGUGAUAAAUGAACCUUUGUCGCAUUAAAGGUGGACGUAUAAACACAUUGAAGGUGGUCGAAUAUUUUGACAUUAUAAUAAAAACCCUGGGGUUACCAGUAAACUUGGAAAUCCAUUUUUUCGGUGUUAUCAGUCAUGGAGUUUCUUAGGAACUGUUUUGCCGUUAUGAAUUAUCAUGCGUCAUCCGUAAGGAACGUCUUGAAACCCUCAUAGAGCUCAUCAUGUUUGUUUGCACUGCAAUCCAGCGUGGACUUAUUUUUUUUUCCUUUUUGCCUAGUGAUUUGGUUUGUAUAAUCGUAUCGUCUCCGUAACAAAUAUUUUGCUGAUUUCUUAAGAUUUACUUUCAUCGGCUUGUAAUUCUUCUUUUUUGGGUAAACCAACGUUUUAUAGGCAAUUUUUGACAAACGUCCGCAAUGAAUCAGCUCACGUUUGUUUAAUUCUUUCCUUUUUCAAAAAAAAAUGGAAAUUCCCAGGAAUAUAUAUAAAAUAAUAGAGUAGUCCUCGGGACUGGCUCGUUUAUUUUUUUUAACGAACUUUUUAUCAUAUUUUUCUUCUGAGAAGACUAAAUGAGUGAAGGUGAUGUUUUUUUGCCUAUGACUGACUUUGAUUGGCAGCUCUUGUGAAAGCUUAGCGCCAAUUUCAUAGUAACUUGAUCCCAGUGGGUCACUGAGUAAAGGUGUGAAAGCUGAAAGCGGAAAAAGCAGCGAUUAGUGGUCGACUUGAAUUCUUUCAAAUCUGCGGCGUCUUCUCGUGGUUGGUUAAGCCUUUCGUCCAUAUGGUCAUAUCAUAAAGCGCCUUAUAAUUGUAUCUCCAUGGAUUCCCCCUCCUUAUUCUCGGUUGUUACGAAGAUAAUUAAUCAAAAUCCUUGUCGGUAGUUGUCCAUUUCUCAAUCCCAAAAAACGAAUGCUCUCGGAUAAUGGCCAAGAGGAUUGGUUUUGGGACUUUUUAGUCUGUUGGAGUCAUUUUUUGACUGAUGGAUUACAGAUCUCGCUGGACUAAUUAUCAUUAGAUUGUCUUUGCUUUGGCAAAGUCGAAUGUUAAGGCCUGUUUUAACUUGACCUUUCAUUAUUCGACCUUUCAAGUUGUUUAUUUUAUUGAACGUUCUGUUUUCAACCACGGCCCCCGUCUUACUUCCUUUCUCCAAACGGAGAAGUUGACUUUGAAAAACGGUUACUUCAUUUUGCGGUCUCCACGUAGUCAACUCAUCAAACGGUUUUGAUGUAAUAUGGCUUCAUACAACUAUGGUCGGAAAGAAAUUUUGUCACCAAUCGCAAACGGAACGGCGGCGACAUUGGAGUUGUUAGGGUCUGUGAACAGUAUCAAAGACUUGCUCUGUUUAAGCGCCCUCGUUAUCAGAAUUAUGCAACGGUUUGCACUAAACCCGUCGGCUCAAAUUACGGUUAACCUCCACGUCGUGCCUGCGGCGUUCGCCCGCCCUUCCUUUCCCAUCGCGUUCCUUCUUCCCAUUUUCGGUCUGAUUUCGUUAGUCGUUUUUUUGUUUCGCGCGAUGAAAACGUUUGUAAUUAGGGAUUCUUUCUUCCAUUCGCCAAUACAUCACCCACCAUCUCUACUAUAUUUUUCUCGACAGCUCUCGGUCAAAGGAAUUUUCCAAGCGCCUUUUUCGGACCGAAUAUUAGCCGGUGCCGACUUGCUGAUUCGAAAUGGUGUUUAUGGAUUAAUUUGGGGAAUUUUUCGAAGAUGAAAGUUAUACAGUAGAGCUUUUUUUGUUAAAAUGUCAUUGGAUACUUUGACGAAAAUACUUUGCAUUGCGCGAUUUCUUUCUUCGUAUUUUGUGCAACUACUCUUAUCAUUGCUCUAGGUUUUGAACACACAAUGUCGGGGAAUCAAGGUAGUUCCACUGCAGUCAUGCCACAACGUCGGCCGUAUUGCCUAAAACAGAGAAGAAAGCAUGCUUUCGUAUGGACUAAAAAGGUAUUAGAAAAAAUGGGUAUUUGCAAAAAAAAUUUUUUGUAAUAGCUCCGAAUAUAAAAGCGAUGGGUUAAAUCAAAAAAAUCGUAAUCUAGAAUGCGUUUGGCUAAUUAGCGAAGUGUUUGAUUCAAAACAAACUUGUUUUGUAGAAGUUUUCACCGUAGGAGUCGAAAGAGGGAUUUUGUUUAAAGAACUCGAUGUUACCCAUCAAAAUUAAGAGUGAUUUAUGCAUUUCUGGGCAAAUUUUGGUGUGGGGAAAGUCUGAUAUCAGUGUUAAAUGUUCUAAUAUUUUCUUUUCCAGCGUCUGCGCACGGAGAAUCGACUUCUCCGCCAACGGAUCGACUACCUCGAGCACGAAUCUAGCGCCCUGGCCGAUCGCCUCGUCCGCGGCCAAGUAGAUCUGGCCCAACAGGCCGACAACUGUCUCAGCAUCUCGCACGAACUGCACGUUCUCCGCGACAUCAAUUCCGAUGCCCACCGCCGCCUGGAAGAGGCGUACGAGACGGUCCGACAAUUAUCCUCCGGCAACAAGCCCGAGAAUUCGAUCACCGACACCGCCACACAAGUGGACGACACCUCGAUGAUCGAACAUAUCCAUCAGCUUCAGCAGGAACUGAUCGAAGCCCACACCAAGAAAAGUGAUCUCGAAAGCGCGGUCCGCGAGCUGAAGUUACGCGUUCAGGAAGUCGAGUCCGCCAAUAAACGACUCCGCGAAUCCCCACCUGAUGGCGGAGUGGCCUCGUUGCAAGAGGAGUUGAUCAGAGUCAAGAUGAGAGAAGCCGAAGCCGCCUUGUCGCUGAAGGAAAUGCGACAAAGGAUCGCCGAAUUGGAGACCCAUUGGAUGGUGAGUAAUUUUGACUUCGCAAUUUCUACCCUUGCCUUUCUGAUCUUCGGCGUCUAGCAACCAAAAUAUAAACUAAAUUACUAAAUUUGGUUAGUUAUUUUCCCCGUUUCAGAGGUAUCAGGAGGUCAGAGCCAAAGAAACCCAAUCUCCAACCACUCCGAACGCUUCCACCGAGUCUCCAAACACUUCAACCGAUUCGAAUUCGUCCUCAGCGAAUCCUUUGUCGGCCCGAAAUCGGCUGGCAAAACUAACGGCAGGCUGGAUGGGAAGCUCGACCACCAGCGAUUCCGAACCCAAUCUCAAGGAGCUGGAGGAGCAACUGAUGGGCCUACGGAUCAGAGAAGCGGACAUGAACGUGGAGCUGCAAGAAAUGCGACAAAAGGUCAUGGAACUCGAAACUCAAAACCAUGUCUGCUCAAACCAACUGAAGCGACAGGACGAAGAGUUGAAGCGAGUCACCGAAGAACGCGACGAAUUAUGUAAAUCCGAGCAGGAGAUGGGCACGAAGGUGAAGGAAUUGGAACAUAAACUCCUGGCUGCGGAGUCAGAGAUGAAGGAAAAGAACGUAAUGCAAAGACUGAAGUACACCGAAGCCCUGCAGAACAUCAGCGAUCUGAAACAACAUAUUGCGCAAUUGGAAUCGAAGGUAAUUUACGGAAAUUUCAGUUUUGUUAAUCAUUUAGGUGGUAUAAUGAGAUUUCAAGAUUUUUUGGUUCUAAAUUGCUGUUUACAGAAUGCCGAGAAAUUUGCCACCGCCCAGCUGCGCGGCUUGAUCGAUAUGGACGAGGAUUCGGUAGGUUGGGAACGAAGCAUGGUCGAUAUUUAUUUUUAUGUUCGGCAAUUGACCACUAUACUUUAGAUCGCAUCCAACCGCUCCAAUGGCUCUCUGGGUGACGCAACGUCCAUUAACAGCGAAGAAAUGUCGGCCUUCUUGGCCGAAGUGACUCUUAGACACUCGUUGUCCAACGUUCAAACCAAUUCGGACUCCCUGCUCGAGGAAACGGACGAGGAAGACGAAAGAGGCGAUGAGAAAAAGAAAAAACAACUCAAAUCCCAGCGAAAGCAUCACGAAGACACCGCCGACUCUGGCCUCGAUGGCGUUCAUCUCAGCGACAAUUGA